AUGUUUAAGAUAAAUAGUAAACCAUUUAAUUCAGAAUCAUUAGUUUUAUUGAAUCCAGAGUGCUCAAAACAAGUGGCAAUUAAGCGUUCAGAACCUUAUUCUGAAGAACAAUUAAUUCAUGGAAACUAUUGGAAUAAUGAGAUGAAAUUUUAUAAUAAUGAAGCAUAUUUUUCAGUGAAGAAGGAUGAAAGAGAGUCGGAUAAUAGAGAAUUACAAGAGUUAUAUCCAUAUCUUCCAAGUAUUUUACUUAAAGAUGUGCCAAUAACGUCUUUUAUUGAGGAAAAAGAUGAGAUAAAUUUAACAGGAAAAACGGAUAUUUCGAAGUCAUCAUAUUAUGAUCAAGGAAGUGGAGAGCCUAUUCAAAUCAAUAUGAAGCAGUAUCAUAGAAUAUUAAAGCGUAGAAUAGCAAGAGCACGUAUUCAAGAAAUUUUAGGAAAAAGAGAUCAUAUGAAACCAUAUUUACAUGAAAGUAGACAUAGGCAUGCAAUGAAGAGGCCUCGUGGGCCUGGUGGGCAAUUUAUUAAAAACAAACAAAGUUCAGAGGAAGAAAUUAUGAAUGAGUUACAAAAAAAUAAUGAAAAAAUGGACUAG